AUGCUGGCAGCUACUGUGGUUGAACCCUCUCAAACAACUCUAGCCGGGAAGCCUGCUUGCAAAAAUCCCACACGGAAGGUUGCUCGUAAUAUUCCCACUCAGAAGUCUGCUCGCAAAACUAUCAUGUGGAAAUCAGCUUGCAAGGCUACCACUCAGAAGCUGGAUUGCGGGUCUCCUGUUCUUAAGCACCCCUGUGGACCUCAUCAGGCCGCAAACAGCCCAACCGCACAUGGACUCUGUCUAGAAGUGGAGGGUGACGGAGCUGGACGGUGGAGACGAGCUGUGGAGGCCCAGACAGACCCGAUAGCCCCAUACACCACCAUGAAACUUGCCUAUUUGCCAUGGGCAUUUGAUGAGUGGCCAUAG